AUGGGUAUUCAUGGUUUAAUUAAAGUUAUUGGCGAUCAUUCCCCUAAUGCCAUCAGACAUAAUGAAAUCAAGAAUUACUUUGGGCGUAAGGUUGCUAUUGAUGCCUCAAUGUCAAUAUAUCAGUUCUUAAUCGCGGUGAGACAACAGGAUGGUCAGCAACUGACCACCGAAUCGGGAGAGACAACAAGUCAUUUAAUGGGUAUCUUUUAUCGAACAAUUCGAAUGGUUGAACAUGGUUUAAAACCUUGCUAUGUCUUUGACGGAAAACCGCCAACCUUAAAAUCUGGUGAACUUGCGAAACGACUUUCCCGGAGGAAAGAAGCGAAUGUUAACCUUGAAGAAGCACAAGAAUUGGGUGAUGCUGCCGACAUAGAUAAAUUCCUUCGACGAACUGUUAAAGUUACUCCAGAACAUAAUUCUGAAUGUAAAAAGCUAUUAAGCUUGAUGGGAAUUCCAUAUGUCGAGGCACCAUGCGAAGCUGAAGCUCAGUGUGCCGUUAUGGCUCGUGAUGGAAAAGUUUACGCAGCUGCGUCCGAAGAUAUGGACACAUUGACCUUUUCGUCCCCAAUAUUAUUAAGACAUUUAACUUUUAGUGAAGCUAGAAAAUUACCGAUUGAUGAAAUUCACCUAAGUAAAGUGUUGGGUAGUCUCGAUUUCACAAUGAAUCAAUUUAUAGAUCUGUGUAUUUUAUUGGGUUGUGAUUAUUGUGAUUCUAUUAAAGGCAUCGGUCCACAUAGGGCGAACCUUGAUGCUAAAAAAUAUCCAAUUCCAGAAGACUGGAAGUUUGAAGAAGCUCGAGAGUUAUUUCUUAAUCCAGAGGUUCUAGAUCCAAAAGGGAUCGAGCUCAAAUGGAAAGAACCUGAUGUUGAAGGAACAGUAGAAUAUCUAGUUCGCGAAAAAGGAUUUAGUGAAGAUCGUGUAAGAAAAGGAAUCGAUAAGCUUGAGAAAAAUUUUAAGAUCGCCACACAAGGAAGGUUGGAUAGCUUUUUCACAACGUUACCAAGCGAUCCAAAAGUUCCUUCUAAACGAAAGAAUGAAGGUGAAAAGGCAAAAUCAACGGUCAGUAGACCAAAAGCUAAGCGUGGAAGGCCAAGGAAAUAA